GACGUCAUGUUAACACUUUCAAGCACUCCAAACGUGCCUGUCUUCAUCAUGCUGUCCCUGUUUCUGUCCCGGACCUUGUGCCAGGCUCUUACUGAAGUCAACCGGAGGUCCUGCCCGACUGUAGCCUCUUAUGUUCGGGCUUUUUCCUCCWCAAAGCCGACAUGCUGCAGCAGCAAACAAGAGGAAGUAGUGAUAGUGGACGAAGCCUCAGUGGUGACCCUCCCCCAGCUGAAGACCAUGCUGUCAAACCAUAACGUCCAGCUGUUUGACGUGAGACGAGUGGACGAGUACGAGGCUGGACACAUUCCUCAGGCUGUCAACGUCCCACUGGACACCCUGGAGGAGUCCCUGCAGCUGGCCCCCGCUCACUUCCUGCAGAAGUACGAGGUGAAGGCUCCGGGUAAAGAGGACGACAACGUCGUGUUUCAUUGCAGGACCGGAGUCAGGAGCUCCAAGGCGCUGCGCAUCGCUCGUCAGCUGGGCUUUCACAAGGCAAGGCAUUACAGAGGAGGAUAUGUUGAGUGGUCUGAGCAGGAGAGGAAUGAACUCUAARCCAAACAUCUGAACUCAGAAUCGUGUUUACAGCCUGCUGAUCCAACGUCGCUGCUUUUUGAUUGAAAAUAUUCCAUGUUGAUGAAACGGUGCCAGGACUUUGUUGAUUUUAACACUGCAUAUUACAUGUAAUAAAUUAAAUCUUUGUAUAGUUUAGAGGUAUCUGUGAUCAAUGCUGGUUAUAAUCAGAUCUUAUCUUUACAGCAGCUUGUUUGGACCUUUGUUUAAAAUUAUCUGUGAUUCUUGUGCAACAAAAGCUUUGAUGUUUUAUCUUCACUGACAGUUUAUUAAGUCAAAAGGUCGUUAAAUAAUGAUGACUUGCUUCACAGUAUCAUAGUUUAAACGCAACUUUACUCAAAUCGUGUUUUUUACAUGAAUGCCAAGGCGUGCAGCGGUGUCCUUUAUCAAAACUUCUGAUAUAUAAUGUGGAGUUUUGUUAUUCCUGGCUUGAUUUUUGUAACAAUUUAGACAUUUUUUCUGAUUGUUUUGAAUGUCGUUGGUUUGUAUAAAACUGGAGAUAUUUUUCCUCGUUACAGACKAGCAGUUUUCUAAAGUUCUUAGAAAUCUUUUUAUAAUGCAGCUCGACAAAAGUUGCGUGAAGGUUGGACCUUUUAUAAAGAGUUGUUCUCAAAAAAUACAAAAAAAAAAUGGUAUGUGGUUUGAUUAAACGGUCUCUUGGAAAUGA